AUGUGUCGACACUACCCUAACUCAAUCUGCGGCAAAGACGCUCAAUUCUACAACGACAAACUCAACACUGGAACCCGCUUCCGUCUUUUCUUGUGCCAGUCUACACAGGCGGAUGUAGCUUUUAUUAUCCACAACAAGCGCGGUAAAGUCGGCAUCAAGGCCGUCGCCAAGGCUUGCGGUCUUCACUUCGAUCGUGGGAGACUAGGUCGCAUACUCGUCAGCAAGUUUCUACAGCAAUUCCAGUACCUUGAGAAGAAAAUGGCAAAGGCCGCAGCAACAGGGAAGCAACUGCACUUUCGGUGCGAGUCUAGUAUGCCUCCUAUUCUUCCUGGUGCGAGCGCUUUGGCUGCUGCUCCUCUGGGGCACCCUGUCGUGGCGCCUGCUAUGGGUAUCUCGCCUCAGGUUGGGCAUCAGAUGCAUACGAUCCAGCAACCAGCCUACUCUCGCACGAUGCAGAUGAGUCACAACACGAACUGCGAUGAUCUUGCUCAGCAAUUUGCCAAACAGCUCCAUUUCCAGCACUGA